GUCCUCAUCUUCCUCGAGGGAAGAGACCUACCAAUAUCCAGGAAUCUAACAUUAAAUAAUAGCAAGUCUCAAACACCAUUAAGGAAAGCAUCAAACUCCCCUCUUCCUGCUCUGUCUCCAUUCGAACAUUGUAAUCUGUUCUGAGCCCUAACGGGGAAGAAGAAGAAGAUGGAAACUCUGAGUUACUUGUUGAAGGCAUUAGGGCUUCUACUGCUUUGCUGUGCCGUGGCAGCUGAGGAUCCACUGAAGUAUGCAAAGUACAAAGACCCACAACAGCCUUUGGGAGCAAGGAUCAGAGAUCUGAUGAAACGUAUGACCUUCGAGGAGAAGAUCGGACAGAUGGUUCAGAUUGAGCGCAGUGUUGCUACGCCCGAAGUGAUGAAGAAGUACUUCAUCGGGAGUGUGUUGAGUGGUGGAGGGAGUGUGCCGAGUCCAAAGGCAAGUGCUAAAACUUGGGUGGACAUGGUGAAUGAACUUCAAAAGGGUGCUUUAUCAACCCCCUUAAGGAUCCCAAUGAUUUAUGGGAUCGAUGCUGUUCAUGGUCACAACAAUGUAUACAACGCCACCAUUUUCCCGCACAAUGUAGGACUUGGAGUCACCAGGGACCCUAUGCUUCUCAAGCGGAUUGGAGAAGCAACUGCCCUUGAAGUUAGAGCAACAGGAAUCCCUUAUGCCUUUGCUCCAUGUAUUGCGGUCUGUAGGGAUCCAAGAUGGGGCAGAUGCUAUGAGAGUUACAGUGAGGAUCACAGAAUUGUGCAACAAAUGACCGAAAUCAUCCCCGGUUUGCAAGGCGACCUUCCUGGCAAACUGAAGGGUGUUCCCUUUGUCGCCGGAAAGACAAGGGUUGCAGCUUGCGCUAAGCACUUUGUCGGGGAUGGAGGAACAACAAGAGGGAUCGACGAGAACAACACAGUGAUUGAUGCAAAGGGACUGUUCGGGAUUCACAUGCCGGGCUAUUACAGUGCCAUACAGAAGGGUGUAGCCACUGUUAUGGUGUCCUACUCGGCCUGGAACGGUCUCAGAAUGCAUGCUAAUCAGAAUCUUGUCACGGGUUUCCUCAAGAACAAGUUGAAGUUCAGGGGCUUUGUGAUCUCGGAUUGGCAGGGCUUAGACAGAAUCACCACUCCUCCUCAUGCUAACUAUUCAUACUCUGUUUACGCUGGUGUCAACGCUGGAAUUGACAUGAUCAUGGUGCCGUAUAACUACACUGAAUUCAUCGACGAAAUAACCAGUCAGGUCAAGAGAAAUUUCAUCCCGAUGAGCAGGAUAGAUGAUGCAGUGAAGAGAAUCUUGAGGGUUAAAUUCACCAUGGGACUGUUUGAGAAUCCUUUGGCGGAUCUUAGCCUGGCCAACCAUCUCGGUAGCAAGGAACACAGAGAACUGGCUCGGGAAGCCGUGAGGAAAUCUCUGGUGCUCCUUAAGAACGGGGAGAAAGCCGAUAAGCCAUUGCUUCCUCUGUCAAAGAAAGCCGGGAAGAUCCUUGUGGCCGGAACCCACGCUGACAACUUAGGAUAUCAGUGUGGUGGCUGGACAAUCACUUGGCAAGGCCUCAAUGGCAACGAUCUCACUGUCGGUACUACCAUCUUCACUGCUGUGAAGAACACUGUGGCUCCGACAACACAAGUCGUUUACAACCAGAAUCCGGACACGAACUAUCUCAAGUCCAACAAGUUCGAUUACGCGAUCGUCGUGGUGGGCGAGCCAGCAUACGCGGAAAUGUUUGGAGACAGCACGAAUCUGACCAUGAUGGAACCUGGCCCGAGCACGAUCACCAAUGUCUGUGGAUCAGUGAAGUGCGUGGUCGUGGUCGUGUCGGGACGUCCGGUGGUGAUGCAGCCCUACAUUUCGAACAUGGAUGCGCUCGUGGCGGCGUGGUUGCCGGGAACUGAAGGGCAAGGAGUGGCUGAUGUUCUGUUCGGAGAUUAUGGUUUCACCGGCAAACUUGCUCGGACAUGGUUCAAGACGGUGGAUCAGCUCCCGAUGAAUGUCGGAGACUCGCAUUACGACCCGUUGUUCCCGUUCGGGUUUGGGCUGACGACGAAGCCCACGAAGCACUAUUGAUUAAUCGAGCGAGAAGUUUUUGUGAAAUUGAAAUGAAAUGAAAGACAUUCUCGGGACGCCAUUGGAGGCGUUCUUUGAGCAGGACGUUGAAAAAUAAAAUACUGAGUGGAAAAUGUUUUUCUUGAGAAUUGGAUUAUAAAGUUUUA